GUCGUUCGUUCGGUCGGUCGGUGGGUGGCAGCUGACAGCUGGAACUGCUGGGCAAACGUAGAGAAGACUGACUGUAAUAAAAUACAGUAUAGCACCGAUUCAGGCGGUAGGUUAAAUCUCGGCAAGGAGUUUGAAUUGUAAACGCAAACCCUGUAGGAACUGUAGUAGUUCUGUAGGAACUUCCAAUUAGCAAGGUUGAGUUGUUUGCCGUUAGGGUUGUGCCACCAAGCUGAGCUCUAGUUUCUGUCUGGUUGUGUUGUGCUUGAAACUGAUAUCUACAGAUAUCAGUUUUUGGUAUAUGUACCUUUUUUAAAAAAAAAAAAAAAAAAAGAAGAACAAAAAACAUUCUGAUCACAUAUCCCUCAAAAGAGACAAUACAAUGUUAUGUUUUGUUUUGCACCUAAUAUUCCUGUUUUGUUUAGGUUUUUUUUACAGAACCAUCUCUGACCAAUAACACACCAAAAAUGAUGAGCUUUCUUCUCAGGUUAGUGAAACAGAGUGAUGCACUUUUAGCUGGCAUAGAUAUGUACAAAUGAAACCAGAUUGUGACCUACAGAAAAUUAGGUCGGUGUGCACACUAUGCACAACUCGGUAGUGUAAACGCUUACUGUUCCAGGAGAUGGUAAUGCUAAAUGCUUAAAUAGAAGGCAAUAUUACAUAUUUGCCAAAGCCACAAUGAUGAUUGAAAACAUAUAUGAGCGAUUUAUUUAUUGUCUUCAAAAUCAGAAGAUUGCAUAUAUAAUGAUUACUAUCUCAUUAAACAAUGAAGGAAAGCCCAGACGAUGAUGUCUUGGCUUUGGAAACUUCUGAUAAGUUGCCACAUUGGAGUUGACUGGAGCCAAACCUGAAGAAUAAGAAAUGAACCACAAUAUCAGGAAGAGAAAUGUGGAGCUGCACAAGUCCUGUUCAUCCUUGGGAACAAUUUCCAGAUGUUUGAAGGCUCAGCAGUUGACACAAUGCUAUAGAAAUAUAGCAUUGUGUAUAACAUGCUAUACACAAUGCUAUAUUUGACAGCGAAUUCAACUUCCUGCUGCAUGGAGGUGGAAGAAGAGAAGGGAGGCGUCUUGUUGUCACUGCAUGACUUUCAGCACCAUCUCUUCUAAUCAAGACCCUGUCGAGAUCCACAAGAGGAAACUUUUUCUGUGGUUCAGCCACCUUCCCAAAGAGGAGAAACAGUUUGGAGGUCUCUUCAGCCCAGAGACCAUGCAUGUAGAUCCACUUAUUAUAGAAAGAAAGGACGAGGAGAGGGCAGGACUUCUCCAGUCACCAUACAAAACCCAGACCUCCUCCAGCCAUUCACUGACUGUGGAACAGCUAUUUGACCCAACCGUUGCCUGGAGUGAAGGUCGUGGAGUCAAUGUGUUGCUGUAUGGUGCUGUGGGAACUGGGAAAUCUACAAUAGUUCGAAAGCUGGUGCUGGACUGGUGCGCCGGAAACACAAUGACUCGCUUCAAGUUGCUGCUUCCUUUCACAUGUGAAGACCUCAGUCAGCUGACAAAGGCGGUUUCUUUAAGAGAUCUGGUUGGCAGGAAGUAUCUUCAUUUGAAAAACCAUCCUUUACUCAGUGGGGAUAGAGACCAAGCUAAGGACGUGCUUUUCCUCUUUAAUGGGAUGGAAAAGAUGCAACUUGACUUCCGAAUCGGGUCCUCUGAGCUCUGCAGCGAUCCCUAUGAGCCUCUUCCACCAGGUGUAAUUAUUGUGAACCUCUUGAGGAAAUAUCUUCUUCCUGAGGCCAGUAUCUUAAUGGCCACCAGACUGUCUGCCGUGGAACGCAUCCCUCAGAAGUAUGUGAGUCGUUAUGCACAGAUUUGUGGUUUCAAUGACCCAGAUCGCCAGCGUGCGUACUUCACCAGCCGCCUGCUGCAGAGUGACGAAGCAGCACACAACAAGGAGGCCCAGACACUGAUAGAGCUCCUUUACCUCAACCUGCAGAGUGAAAGCCAGUUGGCUGCUGCUUGCCUUCUUCCCUCUUACUGCUGGCUCACUUGCGCUACCUUACACUUCCUUCAUUUUACCACUCCUCAGGCCCCCAUUCGCACUCUGACUGGUAUAUAUACUAGCUUUUUUCGGCUUAACUUUGGGGGUGAGGUGCUGGGCACAGGAACUGGGACAAGUUCAUCCUCUCAGGAGUAUCAAAGUUCUUUAAUGAGGUAUGUUGUCCUUACAGUCGGAAAACUUGCGUUUGAUGGUGUGUUGAACAAGCGCACAUCUUUCUCAGACAAAGAACUGGAACAGUGGAUUGGUGGAAAGACCAAGACGGACGAGGAGCUACAUCAGCUGGCCGUGUUCCAGACUGAUGUGCUAGACUUCUUCUUGGCUCCUUGUGUAAAGAGUGGAAACCAUUCUUCAAAAAAACUCGGUGAAGACGAUGAGAAGCUGUAUGUGUUUGCUGUCCCAGCCAUGCAGGAGUACCUAGCAGCUCUCUAUGUAGUUUUAGGGGAAAAUAAAUCUGCUUUGCAGAAGCUAACCAGCCAGGUGUCUGUAGCCAUUGGUCAGGCAAGUGAGGAUGUCAGUGCCCUCAUGAACAUCCUGUCCAAGUUUAUUCCACUCAGGCUCUUUGCUAUAUUCAACCUGCUUAAGCUUUUUCCAAAGCUUUAUGAGAAAAUUACCAGCUACAACAAAGGCAAAAUUGCCAGAACUAUGGCAGUUGAAAUGUUCCGCACAGAAGACAGCCAUAACGAAGAUGUUCUGGAUCAAGUGGAGCAAAGCCUUUUGGGAGUCCAUGGCCCACAGCCACAACAGUUUGAUGACAGCCAAUCUUUUGAGCUUUAUCCCAUCUUCAUGGGAGGACUGUUACAAUAUAGUAAUCGGGUACUUCUUCAGCAACUAGACUGCAACAUCCAAAGCACCACGGUUGUUCAGAUAACACAUGCCCUCAGGAAGCACCUUGUAAGAGAGCUAAGUAAGCCCCAGCCACCAGAGGAGCUGAUGGAUCUACUAGUCCUUCUGUAUGAGUUUCAGAAUCCCAGACUGACUGUAGAGGUGCUGUCUUCAAUCAAAAGCAUUUGUCUAACCAACAUUCGGAUGACUUCGCUCAAAUGCUUCAUACUGAGCUCUGUCCUUUCAUGCACGUCUUCAAGUUACCUCCUGAAGGAGCUGGACCUGUCCUCCUGCCUCCUGAAUCAUAACAUGCUGCAGAUGUUGGCGCCGGCCUUCAGGCAUGCACACAGCCUCAACCUGCAGUUCAACAACUUGGGUCCUGAUUCCUGCAUCCUUCUAAAAGAUCUGCUUCUGGACCCCAAGACCUGCAUUAGUUCCCUACAGCUCUGUGAUAACCCCCUGCUGGACUCUGGAGUUCGCAUCCUGCUGGAGGCGCUGCCCCAGAACCAGUCUCUGCUCUACCUGUCCCUAAUGCACACUGGGCUGGGCAACAGCGGGGCUCUGGAGCUGGCUGAGAGACUGCCGCAGCACGCAGGGCUCCAGGAGCUCAACGUGGCUUAUAAUGUUAUCAGCGACGAGACAGCUGUGGCUCUGGUUGACGCCUGCAGGGAGCAUCCCACCAUCCACACCUUACACUUGUAUCUUAAUCCUAUCACUGAUGAGGGGAAGCAGGCGCUGUAUGACCGGGGUGCAACCGGUAACCAAGGCAACAACCAACAAGUCAAAGUCCUGACGUCUGUCACUGAAGGGUCGGACAUCUCAGGUGGUUGGCACCCCAUACUCAGAGUGAUACAAGAGAAUGCUUCAUCCUGGGACCGCAUACGGGUCAAGCAGCAGCUGAAGGUUUUCCUCCAGGACCUGGAGUGGGGACGUGAGAAGCAAACGGGCUUCUGGAGGAGGCUUCACUUUCGCAAAGUGCAGAAAAAAGUCCAGGCGACUUUACAACGUUUAGAGAAGGACUCUUCUUCCAAGAUCAAGUAAACCUGAAGAGGGUUCAAAAGAGCAGUUCUUUGCACAACAUGAACAUCAGUUUUACAGUAUACACAGGAUUUAUUUAGCAUCUAACAGCUUAUGCUUCAACUUCAGGAACUGUUUAUAAUUGAGCUGUAAAUAGCAAGAAUAGUUUUAUGUAAAUUAAGUGUUUGAUUUAUUUUUUUGUACAUUUGUAUGAACAUUUUUAAGUGAAAAAAUCAGUGAUAUAGAAAAAGUUCAUUGCCUGGUUGUUUAGUUUUGAGGGUAAGCUCAGAAUUAAAUAGUAAAACGUCAGGCUGGGUGUGAGAAACGAUUCUAUGAUUUCUAAACUAUCGAUGCUUUAAUGCAGGGGUGUCCUGCAGGUUUUAGAUGUGCCACAGGUACAAAACACUGGAAUGAAAUGGCUGAAUUACCUCUUCCUGGUAUAGAUCAGUUCUCCAGAGUCUUGCUAAUGACCUAAUUAUUCUAUUCAGGUCGUGCAGCAGAGGCACAUCUAAAAGUUGCAGGACUGCAGCCCUCCAGGCCUGGAGUAUGAGACCUGUUCUUUAAUGGGUGUAAUGUUAUUACUGAAUAAUGAAAUUCACUGCUUGGCUUGAUUUCUGGGAUCUAAUUGGAAUGUGUGUGUGAUAGACUUUUGUCUGUCUAUAUACUCAGGUUGAAUUGACGUUUUAUAUUUGAAGUGUCUUGACACAUUUAUUGUUAAUUUGUCACAAAAAUAAAGUGAUCUAACCAA